AUGGGCCUUAGAUGUCAGAAAGAAGAGGGGGAGGAGCCGACGGGGCGAAUGGUCCAUGCUACCAAGAGGCCGAAGGUCAACCUGGUGCAAACUAAGAGCAUCAGUACUCUCAAGGAUGAAAUAGUUGUACCCAGAGGUACUCUCGUGACUUGCAUUGCAGGUAUAAAUCUGCAGCCUGAAGAUGUUGGCGCUGCUAUUCAAUUUCUGGAGUUCUGCCGCUCAUUUGGCGAGAUCUGCAAAAUAGGGAAGGGGCUACCAGAAGAAAUUCUCAAAGACUUAACUCAACUCGAAGAGGUGUCUUCAGUUGUUGCAGACGUUCACAUAAAUCUUCUGUCUAUCAUAGAAAAUGGCAAAUAUAAGUAA